AUGGCGGUCCCCUGCACUCUGCUCCUCGGCCUGGCCGCGGUGUUGCUAAAGGCGCGGCUGGUCCCUGCGGCCGCUAGUGCCGAGCUCAGCCGCUCGGACCUCAGCCUCAUCCAGCAACAUCAGCAGCAACAGCAGAGGGAGAAGGCUAAGGAGAAGAGGCCAGAGGUGCCUGAGGCAUCCCCCUCCACGCCUGUUCCGGUAUCUGUGUUUAUGCUGAAGGUCCAGGUGAAUGACAUCAUUAGUCGUCAGUACCUGAAUCAAGCUGUUGUAGAAGUGUUUGUAAACUACACGAAGACAAAUUCCACAGUAACUAAAAAAAAUGGAGCAGUGUUGAUAAAAGUACCCUAUAAACUAGGGCUCAGCUUAACUAUUAUUGCAUAUAAAGAUGGCUAUGUGUUGACGCCACUGCCUUGGGAGACUGGAAGAAUGCCAAUAUAUUCAUCAGUUACACUUUCACUGUUCCCGCAAAGCCAAGCAAAUAUAUGGCUAUUUGAAGAUACUGUUUUAAUUACUGGAAAAUUAGCUGAUGCCAAAUCUCAACCAAGUGUUCAGUUUUCAAAAGCCUUAAUCAAACUCCCUGACAGCCAUCAUAUUAGCAAUGUUACAGGCUACCUUACAGUCCUACAACAGUUUUUGAAAGUGGACAAUUUUCUGUAUACUACUGGAAUUGCUUUCAAUAAAUCAGGUUUAAAAAGCGUUGAAUUGACUCCUCUUUCUGCAAUAUGUGUGAAAAUAUAUUCGGGAGGAAAAGAAUUAAAGGUGGACGGCUCUAUUCAGAUUUCUCUGCCCCUUCUUCAUACAAAUGUUAUAAAUGCGGGGGAUCAUGUACCUGCUUGGACAUUUGAUAUGAGCUUGGGUGCUUGGAUAAAUCACGGCCAAGGUAUAGUCAAGAACUAUAACAACCAUUUAAUUUGGACAUAUGACGCACCACAUUUAGGCUACUGGAUAGCAGCUCCACUUCCAGGAACUAGAGGUUCUUUAGGUAUAAAUGAAGGUUCCAAGGACAUUACUGCCUAUCACACAGUGUUUCUGACAGCCAUAUUGGGGGGAACUGUAGUCAUUGUCAUUGGAUUUUUUGCUGUACUUCUUUGUUAUUGUAGGGAUAAAUGUGGUACUCCACAGAAAAGAGAAAGAAGUAUCACUAAACUUGAGGUCCUGAAAAGAGACCAAACAACUUCAACAACACAUAUAAACCACAUUAGUUCAGUCAAAGUUGCGUUAACAGCUCAAGAUCGGUCACAGUUAUUCAAUGCCAAAAACUCUUCGUACAACCCUCAGAAAAAGGAACCACAAAAGGCAGAAGCAGAAGAAAGAGUUUCCAUGGUUAAAACUCGGGACAAUUUUAAAAUCUAUAAUGAAGAUGUAUCAUUUCUAUCAAUCAAUCCAAGUAAUUACUCAAGAAAUCAAUCCCAGUCUUUGGAGCCCAAUAUUGGAUCUAAGCAACCAAAACAUAUUCACAGUCUGUCUCCAUCUCUAGGUGAUGCUCAAGAGGAAAAGAGGUAUCUCACAGGUAAUGAAGAGGUAUAUGGGCGAUCCCACAUUCCUGAACAGCUUAUGCAUAUCUACAGUCAGCCCAUUGCCAUCCUUCAAACAUCUGAUCUUUUCUCCACUCCUGAGCAGUUACAUACUGCUAAGUCAGCUACUUUGCCAAGAAAGGGACAGAUAGUGUAUGGCCAAUUGAUGGAACCAGUAAACAGAGAAAACUUUACACAGACCUUGCCGAAAAUGCCAAUGCAUUCUCAUGUACAGCCCCCAGAUGCCAGGGAAGAGAAUAUUGUACUCGAAGGUCAGCAGAGCUUGCCAUCCCAGACAUCUGAUUGGAGCCGGUAUUCUACUAGCUUACUAGAAUCUGUGUCAGUUCCUGGAACCCUGAAUGAAGCUGUUGUCAUGACUCCAUUUUCAUCAGAACUCCAAGGCAUAUCAGAACAGACCCUCCUGGAGCUGUCCAAAGGGAAACCCUCCCCUCAUCCCAGAGCCUGGUUUGUUUCUCUCGAUGGAAAGCCAGUUGCCCAAGUGAGACAUUCUUUCAUAGACCUGAAAAAGGGCAAGAGAACACAGAGCAAUGACACAAGUCUGGACUCUGGAGUGGACAUGAAUGAGCAUCACUCAAGUAGAAAGCUUGAGAGAGAGAAAACCUUUAUCAAAAGCAUGCAUCAACCGAAGAUUCUUUACUUAGAAGAUUUAGACCUCAGCAGUAGUGAGAGUGGAACCACUGUUUGCUCCCCUGAAGACCCCACUUUAAGGCACAUACUAGAUGGAGGUAGUGGAGCUAUCAUGGAACACCCUGUAGAAGAAUCUCCAGGAAGAAAAAGCACUAUUGAAGAUUUUGAAGCCAGUACAUCCCCCACCAAAAAAAGGGGAAGAUCACCACUAGCCAAAAGAGAUAGCAAGACUAAUAUCUGGAAGAAGCGAGAAGAACGCCCACUAAUUCCCCUAAAUUAA